GGGAGUUUGAAGAGGGCUGAGAAGUUCACUUUGUUUAGAAGCUGAUCAAUGCAUUAAGUUGGAGAGAGAGUUCUGAUGUGACAAUCCCAGAGGUACUUUGCAGACAUUGUCAAACAGUGAACGUCGAAAGAAUAUCCAGACAAGAAAAGAGUUGGCAGUCAUCAAGUGGGAGGAUUUUGCAAAAAGAACAGAAUUCGGUUGUGUCAGUUGGUUGUGAAUCUGCCGACACUGCGUCGUUGUGUGGUUUAGUUUGCAGUCAGACGGGGAGGGGGAGAUGUCCACCUUUCUUACUGUUUUGUUUCUAGGGCAAUUCUUUAUCCUGGGAUUGGCAACCAUGGACAACUUCAAAUGGCAACAUGACCUGACUAAAGGUACCAACGAACAGGUGAGUGACUUCCAGCUGGGAAGUACGGGGAUCCAAAAGGAGAUGGGCGCCGAGGGGCCACCUAGGGAUAAACUGGAUGUUGCGGGUGGACCAGGCACCGGCACGGAUUCAGAAAGCUCCAGCAAAGUGAGGUCAAGAGAAGUCAUGCGAAGUGCAACCACCGCUCCGAAAACUCCCGAGCAAAGGGCAAGGCGGGGGACAGACGAAGAGGGCAACGUGACCCCAGAAAAAACAACGGUCGGGUCCCCCCAGCAAGGCAACCCCACGGAAUCUCCCCAUUUCCAAAUAACUUCUGAGGUCCCCGUUACUUCGUUCAAAGGUGAACUGGCGGGGGCAUCGAGGGAAGCUACAUCUGGCGUGCUCAGUGAGAAAGUUAACGAAGUGGAGACGACAGCGAAGAGGCUUCAGUUAGAAAACACCCUCUACCCUGUCACUGACAGCACUUACAGUGCUUAUGCGGUCAUGCUUCUGUCCUUGAUACUCUUUGCGGUUGGGAUCAUUGGUAACCUGGCAGUGAUGUGCAUCGUUUGUCACAAUUAUUACAUGAAGUGCGCCUGGAACAAUAUCCUGGCCGGCAUGGCUUGCUGGGAUUUCUUUGUCAUCUUCUUCUGUCUGCCAGUAGUUAUCUUUAACGAAAUUACCAAAAAACGGCUGCUUGGGGACAUCGGGUGCAAGGUGGUGCCAUAUUUGGAGGUCUCUUCUCUCGGAGUCACUACCUUUAGCCUGUGUGCAUUAAGCAUCGACAAGUUUCGUUCUGCAACAAGCACGCAGUCACAAAUUAGGCUGAUAGAAAGUUGCCUAUCUAUUGUGGCCAAGAUGGCAGUCAUCUGGAUAGGAUCUAUGUUGCUGGCCCUCCCUGAAGUCCUUCUCUGGCAACUGAAUCAAAAGACCUCCAUUAUCUCUGGAGUUAUUACUGACUAUUGCAUUGUCAAAACGUCUUUGAACCUUCCUGAGCAUAUCUAUGAACUUGCACUGACCUAUGAGAAUUCCAGGAUGUGGUGGUACUUUGGCUGCUACUUUUGCUUACCCAUCAUCUUCACAGUGGCUUGCCAGUUGGUGUUGAGAAGGGUAAAAAACACUGAGAAGAAAUCUGACCUCAAAAUUACUUCUCAGCAUGCCCAGCACGAAAGUCAAAAAACCCACACCUUGAUUGGUCUAACCAUCCUCUAUGGCUUCUGCAUCAUCCCUGAAAAUGUCUCCAACAUUGUGGUGGCCUACAGCUCUCCUGAAAUCUCCAAGGAGACCAUUGACUUACUCAACAUUAUUAAUCAGUUCUUCCUGUUCUUUAAGUCCUCCGUCACCCCAGUGUUGCUUCUGUGCCUCUGUAAGCCUCUGGGCCGAGCCUUCAUGGAUUGCUGUUGCUGCUGCUGUGAUGAGUGUGUUCCAGAGGCCUCAGUAAGUGGUGCGCAAGAUAGCAAACUGAAGACAGAAAUGGCAUCCAUCUUCUGUGAUAAUCCCAAGGAAACACCAACAAUAAUGACUCUAGGUACCCAGUGUUAACAACAAUCCUUCACAUUCAGCCUGAGGCUUUAAAGUUUGACAGCGAAGCAGGCCCAUUAUCAAAUAUAACAGUCAGUCAGUUAAUUCUUUGAUUUAGCGGUGUAUGCCGGUAGAUUCUUUUUACUGCCUGGAUUGAACUAGUAAAUUAGAAGAAGUUAGUUAGCUCCAGUAAGAUCGUGCUGUGUCAAUGCAGUGUGAAUAACUAAUAUUUUCUUGCUGAGUUUAGGCUUUAUUUUACACUGUUAAAUCAUGAAAAGUAAUUCUUAAAUGAAAUACAAUUUAAAAGUAUCAAAAAGAACCUGUUACAACAAAAUAUUAGUAAUGUAUCCAUGUAGCACAAGGGUUCCUAUAGCAAAUCCCUGAUAGAUCACAGUAAAGUAUGUCUAACAUUCUGACUAAAUCUUUUCAUGUAAAGCAUGGAGGAUUGCCUUUACUAAGCCUCUUUUACUCAUGACUUAUUCCUAUCAUAUUGAGAUCACUAAGUACACAUAGAACAGCUCCUAUGAUCACCAAGAUUAACAUGUCUGUGGUGUAUGAAAUAACCUUUAAUGUUAUUCUAAUCUCUAGAUCUGUAUUUUUAUAAAUUUUGGGUUCUAAACCCCCUAAGGCAUACAGAAAGUAUUGUUUAGACACAGCUACCUGGAUUUUAUAAACUAUUAGAUAAAUUGCUGUUUUUAUAUUCACUAUGGAACCAGCUGCUGUAUAACUUUACAACAGGGAAAUAUUUUGUUGACUAUUUUGUUGGCGUAGCACUGCAUCAAAUAAAAAUGUGAACAGGUC